UUUUCAAAAAGGCUUUUCUGUGGUGGUCAGAAUCAUUUCUAGAACUUUGUAACCGUAGACUCUCUAAGAUGUACCUCAGUGCUGCAAAUCAUCGCAUACCUCUAAGUGAUGGAAACAGCAUUCCUAUCAUUGGACUUGGUACCUACUCAGAACCUAAAUUGACCCCUAAGGGGACCUGUGCAACAUCAGUGAAAACUGCCAUCGAUGUGGGGUACCGACACUUUGAUGGGGCCUACGUCUAUCACAACGAACAUGAAGUGGGAGAGGCCAUCAGGGAGAAGAUAGCAGAAGGAAAGGUGCGGAGGGAGGAUAUUUUCUACUGUGGAAAGCUGUGGGCUACAAAUCACAUCCCAGAGAUGGUCCGCCCAACUCUGGAGAGGACGCUCAAGGUCCUUCAGCUAGAUUAUGUGGAUCUUUACAUCAUUGAAAUACCCAUGGCUUUUAAGCCUGGAGAUGAGAUCUUUCCUAAAGAUGAAAAUGGCAAAUGGUUAUAUAGCAAGUCAGAUCUAUGUGCCACUUGGGAGGCUUUGGAAGCUUGCAAAGAUGCUGGUUUGGUGAAAUCCCUUGGAGUAUCCAAUUUUAACCGCAGGCAGCUGGAGCUCAUCCUGCACAAACCAGGACUGAAGUAUAAGCCAGUCAGCAACCAGGUUGAGUGCCAUCCAUAUUUCACCCAGCCAAAGCUCUUGAAAUUUUGCCAACAACAUGAUAUUGUCAUUAUUGCAUACAGCCCUUUGGGGACCUCUAGGAAUCCGACCUGGGUGAAUGUAUCUCCCCCACCUUUGUUAGAGGAUCCACUUCUAAACUCACUGGGGAAAAAGUACAGUAAGACAGCAGCUCAAGUUGUUUUGCGCUUCAACAUCCAGCGAGGAGUGGUUGUCAUUCCUAAAAGCUUUAACCCUGAAAGGAUCAAAGAAAACUUUCAAAUCUUUGAUUUUUCUCUCACUGAAGAAGAAAUGAAGGACAUUGAAGCCUUGAAUACAAAUGUCCGCUUCGUGGAAUUGCUCAUGUGGUCUGACCAUCCUGAAUACCCAUUUCAUGAUGAAUACUGACUUCAGAGAACUCUGAAACAGAUAUUUUCCCUCCCAUGUGUGCCAGGACUUUGGGCUGGGUAGUUCCCCCAGCUACAGAAAUGAAAUCCUCAGAUGAAGUGGUGAUGGAGACAUGCUUAACUUUUGUGUACUGUGACUUUGACUUACCUAUGUGGUGGUGGGGGAUUUAAAUCUGUUGAAAUAACCAUUGGAAAUUAUCUGCUAAUAUUUUAUUAAAUCAUUGUCUUCUGAGCUUCAAACAGAAAAACAUCAGGCUUUAGAAAAGACUUCAGAGGCAACAUAUGAAGAUAAGUAAGUCAUGAAUCUGGGUGCUGCCAUGGGUAAUCUGAGUUCUCUAGCAGUUAACAGGGCAAGAAAGAGGAUGGAGAGCUGGAACAUGCCAGUGUGCUGGCGGUGGCCUUGAUACUCUAGACCAUUGACUGUAAUACAGACACAGCCAAAAUAAGAUCCAUACAUGCAUUAUAAACAUCAAAGUAAUUUGCUGCACCUUGAGUAGGGAAGAGGGCUAAGUGUAGAAAAGUCUUAAAAUAGAGCUAAUUAAACACCACAGCAGUCAACUAAGCUGUACUGAUUUGGUUGUUGUUUCCAUCCAGUAUGUGUUUCUGUAGCUUUUACCCAGCUUGAGAGAUAAGUAAUUGCUGGUUCUCUCUUGCAUGUUUUAGGGCCUGAGCGUCACCAUAACUAGUGGUCCAUGCCAAUACUGCCUGUCACUCUUACCUCCACUUAUUGUAUGACCACCAUUGUGCAGAAUGGCUUGAGACAACCAGCAUACACAAAUGAAGUCCUGCACUGUAAAAUAGUCCAUAGACAACUAUUUUAAAAGAAAACAUUUAAAAGGGAGGCUUGAGGAAACACAUUGAAAGAAGAGGCUUUAUAAAAUCAUUAUACUUAAGACUUUGAAAGUUAUUGAGAUAACUGAAUUUUCAGAAGGUAGCAAGUUCAAAAGAACUGUGAAGAUUGUACUAUAUGCAAAUUUUUUAAAAAGUUAAUAAGAAGAUUAUUAGAAUUCCAUAGAAGAGAUGUACCUAUUUUCAAUUCAACUAGAGCAAUAUAUUUUAUUCAUCUACAUUAAGUCACUCUCGGGUAAGAGAGCUCCUCAAAACUUCAAGGCAAAUUUAUAUUUCUCCAAAACAAAUUGCUUAUAAUUUUCAAUGACCUGAAAACAUACAUUUCCAAGAAAUUAUCACUUUAAUAAAACUGAUCUCUACUCAUUAUUUCCACUAAUUCUAAUAUUAAUACUUACAAUGCCAUCUUUUGGAAAAUAUCUUGUUCACAAGAAAUAAUAAAAUAUGAUGAUUUAUUCUACCA